UUUCUUGCUGUUAUCGAGUGUGUGAGAGAUGUCUGGACGCGGAAAGGGCGGCAAGGUGAAGGGAAAGUCUAAGUCGAGGUCCAGUAGGGCUGGACUUCAGUUUCCCGUGGGCCGCAUUCACAGGCUUCUGCGUAAGGGUAAUUAUGCAGAGAGGGUAGGCGCUGGUGCACCGGUUUAUUUGGCUGCUGUUAUGGAAUAUCUUGCUGCUGAAGUUCUUGAGUUGGCAGGUAAUGCUGCACGUGACAACAAGAAGACCAGAAUUAUCCCACGUCACCUGCAACUGGCCAUUCGUAACGACGAGGAAUUGAACAAACUUCUGUCUGGCGUUACGAUCGCCCAAGGUGGGGUUUUGCCUAAUAUUCAGGCUGUACUGCUACCGAAAAAGACUGAAAAAAAAGCUUGAAGUGAAGUUCCGACAAAAACGGCCC